GCCUGCAGCACCCAGAAGUGAACAGCAGGCGACCCGGAAGGUUUGAAGUCUGACUGAGACCGAGCAGAAAAGAAGAGUCCCAAUCCCUUUUAUAAAAUAUUUCUCCUCUCUCGCCGGUUCAGGAUGGCUGAACCUCGCUUUAACAAUCCCUAUUUCUGGCCUCCACCUCCUGCUAUGCCUGGUCAGCUGGAUAACCUAGUCUUGAUCAAUAAAAUCAAGGAGCAGCUGAUGGCAGAGAAGAUCAGACCGCCACAUAUGCCCGCUGCCUCAGCCCCUUCCCAGCAGCCCUUACUGGCUCCUUCCAACCAAGCAGAUGGCGGCCAGCACGGGAUGUCUAAAGCCCAGCAGAUGCAGGUUCUCCACAGCCACAGCCCCUCUCAGCCAGAUAUCGCCCUGCACGCCCGCCCGGCCUCCAGCUCAGUCACAGGUCGCAUUCUUGGGGAUGUAAAUUUGAAUCUGGACGAUAAGGCAGCUAUAAAAGCCAGAGGAUUAUGGGAAGACUGGCAUCUUCGUCAACUUAUCGACCAUCCUUCCAGGACGAACCACGUCUCAGGUGUGGCGCUGGCAUCCAGAACAGGUAACCUCAACACCUCAGAGAUCAUCACCCCCACCACACCCACCUCGAGCAGCCACAGCCGGCUGGGCGGAGCCCCCACACCUCACCUCAUCUCAGGGUUAGCCUGCAGCCACGGGAUGGAGCCUGGGAAAAACAACGGGGGUCUCGUGGGGCUCCUCGGCCCUCCUCCGAAGGAGGAACGAGGGCGUAAGAAGAUCAAAGCAGAGAACGGGUCUUCUCUUUUGGUGGUGCCCUACCCAAUCCUAGCCUCAGGCAAUGACCAGUCCUGUGUCACCAUCACUGCCAAAGAGGGGAAAACCUACAGGUGUAAAGUUUGUCCACUGACCUUCUUCUCCAAGUCAGACAUGCAGAUUCACUCCAAAACGCACACAGAGGCAAAGGCUCACAAGUGUCCUCAUUGCACUAAGUCCUUUGCGAACGCAUCGUACCUGGCCCAGCACCUGCGCAUACACCUGGGUGUCAAACCGUACCGCUGCUCCUACUGUGAGAAAUGUUUUCGCCAGCUCUCCCAUCUGCAGCAGCACACCAGAAUCCACACAGGCGAUCGGCCGUAUAAAUGUGCCCAUCCAGGAUGCGAAAAAGCUUUCACUCAGCUGUCUAAUCUGCAGUCUCACCAGAGGCAGCACAACAAAGACAAGCCUUUUAAAUGUUCCAACUGUUACCGUGCCUAUUCGGACUCUGCCUCACUGCAGAUCCACCUGUCUGCACACGCCAUCAAAAACGCCAAGGCCUACUGCUGCAGCAUGUGCGGCCGGGCGUACACGUCGGAGACGUACCUUAUGAAGCACAUGUCCAAACACACAAUGGUAGAACAUGUGGUGUCCCAUCACUCCCCUCACCACAGGACAGACUCUCCUUCCAUCCCUAUACGGAUCUCCCUCAUCUGAGCGCUAAACCCAUUUCCUGCCCUUCCAUCAGAGACAUUUCCUGUGAUAUCUGCGCUCCUCUGAUGGACUUUGAACCCACUAAUGGGUUCCAAAAAUGUGCCAGAUUGUACAAGUAUCUUGUGAAGAGGUGCUCUUUUAAUGAGUAUAUCCUCCUUUUCUUUCAUGCUGACCAGAUAGUAUUAUUGGGGACAUCCAAAGAUGACUUCUCAGCACUUUCAGGCCUGGAAAUGACAGGCCUUAAAAUUUCUUUUUCUAUGUGACUUCACAGAAAAAAAAAUGCUCCAGGCAGCUACAUUAAAAAUCUUUUUAACUUUUUGUGUUACAACAAAUUACAUUGUCUUUUUUAUAUGGUCCUUAUUUUACUUUCUUUACUCAAGUCUUUGCAAACAAAAAUAUAUUUGCAUCAGAAAUAGUCUUCCGUUAGCUGGGUUGCCAAGUGAACAUAAAGGUGAAUGCUUAUAUAAAGUGUAUUCAUGUAUAACGUGCCACUUUUUAUGUCAGUGUUUGCAAUGUUUCAUCAAUCACGUGGCCAUAAAGCACACGUAAAUAAUGUGUCAACAUUUUUGUUCGAGUCAUUUUCACUCUACUACCAACAUCGCCCUGAACAGGAUGUGUGACUCACAAUUAGAUGGACAUAUUUUCUUUUACAUAUAUUUUGUAAUGUUAUGAUAUAUGCUCAAGGCAGUCCUCAAGCUUUAUCUAGACAAGUUUAAAAAAACUGUUUCAUAAUAAUCAUCCCACAAACCUGAAAAACUGAACUGAAACUUUAACUGAGUCAAUGAAAGAGAGAGCUUUCAAAUACUGAAAGAAUGUGUAUUUUUUGUAAAUUUUUUGUAAAAUCAAAACCCUGUGAAAAUCUGAUAAUUUAUAGCAUUUAUUUUGCCAAAUUCAUCACAAUAUUUAUGAUUAUUGUUACUAUUAGAUUGAAUGAUGCACUCAGUGCUUUUUUUUUGCCCACUUUGUAUUUGACUGAGUGUGCAAAUAAAUAAAUGUAGCGAUAAGACUGAAAUGCACCACCUCUGCUGCUGCCACACAGACAGAUGUGUUACUGCCCUGGAAUUAAUGGGUUCUGGGUUUUCAGAUAUAACUAUAUAACUGAAGUAUCACACUUCUUUGAAUACUCCUUUUACCAUUGUUUUAUGAAUGAACACUUUCCAUUUUAUAUGCAUUUAAGCCUUAACUUUGUUACAACUCUAGGGUCCACGCUCGUUUUAUCACUUUACAUUUGCCUUUUAUGUCAUAGCAUGAUAAAUACUGUAAAUGAACUAUAUUAUCUGUCAACCUGUUUUAUAAUAAAUAAUUCUAUAAUGCUAGAUUUUUUUUUUUUCCUGGCGGCACAUAAACAAAAUCCAAGCUUGCAAGGAAAUAAAAAUUCCUAGUAAAUGCUUUCACAUACGUGAUAACUUGGAUGUUUUGUUACUGAGUGGAAACUCAAGAAAAGAAUUGAAAGCAAACAAAGAAUACUAU